AUGGACUCCCUCUAUAUAGACUCGAGUACAGUAGACUCACGUCAACCCAGAUCCAGAGCCAACAGUCAUCUGUCAUCAACAGCACUACAGUUUCAGGGUUUGAACAUUUUGGAAUCCGACCAAGCCUCAUCAACAAACGAGCCUCUUGUACAUGUUGGGUUUCGUACAACAUCACCACAAUCCUUCAUCGAGGAACAUAACCCCUCAUCAACACAUAUAACUGCUCCGACCCCUCAAGGACUGACUCCAUUCCCACUCCUAUCAGACAGUGACUUGGACGCAGACUGGACAUACUUAGAAGCAACAGGAGGACAAACAGGAUCAACAUCUUUCCUUACAGUAGAUCCACCACAGUCUUUUCAACCUCAACGCUCCCACUCAUUACAUUCCUUGAGCCCACCAACUAUCCUUCGAUCCAAUUCUAUACCAGCAAACAUGAGUACCAUGGGGAUUCAACAGUAUGAUAGCCGUUUCGACGCUAGCAUCACUCCAGGCAUUCGAUCAUACAACACAUGGCCAGCUGCUCACUAUGACAUGAAUGAGCAGUUCAUGCCCCAGAUCCCAAGCCCACCACUUAACCCAUCUAUGCUUUCUGUUUACGACGAUCCAAAAUUCCAACCAAUUUACUCUCGUUCUCUUUCAUCCAGCCCUCCACGAGCAUCGCUUACCCCAGAGCAACGGGAAUUGAAGAGACAGCGAGAUGUCGCCAGAAGGGAUUCCAAGACGAGAGUUAGACGGGAACGUUCCAUCAGCAACCCAUACGUAGUUUCCAAUCGCGGCUCGCCAGAUCUGAUGUCACGAACACUCCCAGAAUAUCCUAACAGUCUCACACCUUCACCUCUCAUGGGCUCUGGCCCACUCCCAUCGCUACCUCAACAGUCUUCUCCAGCUUUGAGCAGCUCAUCUUAUCUUACACCAUACUCGCCACAAAUCAAUGAUGGAACAGGAGGACAGCAGGAAAUCUAUGGACCAGUCUUUACAAUGAGCCCAGCGGACUUUUCAAACUCGCCUACAUUUACAAACAUGACAUACGCCCACAGCGGACAAGAAAACAAUAUCCAUUCAUAUGUUGGCCGUCCACAUUCUCUCUCGUCAGCUUCAGAUCAGCCUCACAUGUAUCAACAUAACGUUAGCCCCAAGAUUGGAUCUUCAGACUCGGGCGACCACGUUAGAGUUGUUCACAGCCGACCCAAGCCACAGUGCUGGGAACACGGGUGCAACGGAAGACAAUUCUCUACAUUUAGCAAUCUCCUACGCCAUCAACGCGAAAAGUCAGGAGCUGCAGCUAAAUCGAGCUGUCCAAAUUGCGGAGCUGAAUUUACUCGCACCACAGCGCGGAACGGCCACAUGGCGCAUGAGAAAUGCAAGCAACGACGAAACUCAUAG